UAGAAAAGUUUAACUUUGGUGCUUCUGACCAAAGGAUGGUCCUGGGUUCAGUUCUCCUUCCAGCUAAUAAUUAUGGCAGAGAUCAGGACACGUUGCUUUGCUGCCUGUGCAGUGAGGCCUCAGGGUCUGCUCUCCCGGACUGGACAGAUCACUUUGCCAGCUGUGUGGAGGAUGGAUUUGAGGGGGACAAGACUGGAGGCAGUAGUCCAGAAGCUUCGCACCGCCCCUAUGGUUGUGAUGUUGAAUCCCAGGCACUAAAUGAAGCCAUCAGGUGGAGCUCCAAGGAGAACUUACUUGGAGCCACUGAGAGUGACCCUAAUCUCUUUGUUGCACUUUAUGAUUUUGUAGCAAGUGGUGAUAACACACUCAGCAUCACUAAAGGUGAAAAGCUGCGAGUCCUUGGUUACAACCAGAAUGGUGAGUGGAGUGAAGUUCGCUCUAAGAAUGGACAGGGUUGGGUGCCAAGCAACUACAUCACUCCAGUAAAUAGCCUGGAAAAGCAUUCCUGGUACCAUGGGCCAGUGUCACGCAGUGCAGCAGAGUACCUACUCAGCAGCCUGAUUAAUGGCAGUUUCCUGGUGCGAGAAAGUGAGAGCAGCCCCGGGCAGCUGUCCAUCUCGCUCAGGUACGAGGGCCGUGUGUAUCACUACAGGAUCAAUACCACCACAGAUGGCAAGGUGUAUGUAACUGCUGAGAGCCGCUUUAGCACCUUGGCAGAGCUUGUUCACCAUCAUUCCACAGUGGCUGAUGGGCUGGUGACAACAUUACACUACCCAGCACCCAAGUGUAAUAAACCAACAGUCUAUGGUGUGUCCCCCAUCCAUGACAAAUGGGAAAUGGAACGAACAGAUAUUACCAUGAAGCACAAACUUGGGGGCGGUCAGUAUGGAGAGGUUUAUGUUGGUGUCUGGAAAAAAUAUAGCCUUACAGUUGCUGUGAAAACAUUGAAGGAAGAUACUAUGGAGGUAGAGGAGUUCCUAAAAGAGGCUGCAGUGAUGAAGGAAAUCAAGCACCCUAAUCUGGUCCAACUAUUAGGUGUGUGCACUCUGGAGCCACCGUUUUACAUUGUAACGGAAUACAUGCCGUACGGGAAUCUGCUUGAUUAUCUCCGAGAAUGCAACCGAGAAGAGGUGACUGCAGUUGUGCUGCUUUACAUGGCCACUCAGAUCUCUUCUGCAAUGGAGUAUUUAGAGAAGAAAAAUUUCAUCCAUAGAGAUCUUGCAGCACGUAACUGCCUAGUGGGAGAAAAUCAUGUGGUAAAAGUAGCUGACUUUGGCUUAAGUAGACUGAUGACUGGAGAUACCUACACUGCUCAUGCUGGAGCCAAGUUUCCCAUUAAAUGGACAGCACCAGAGAGUCUUGCCUAUAAUACCUUCUCAAUUAAAUCAGAUGUCUGGGCUUUUGGGGUACUCUUAUGGGAAAUUGCUACAUAUGGAAUGUCACCGUAUCCAGGUAUUGACUUGUCUCAGGUCUAUGAUCUGCUGGAAAAAGGAUAUCGAAUGGAGCAGCCUGAGGGAUGUCCCCCUAAGGUUUAUGAGCUUAUGAGAGCAUGUUGGAAGUGGAGCCCUGCUGACAGGCCCUCUUUUGCUGAAACCCAUCAAGCUUUUGAAACCAUGUUCCACGACUCUAGCAUUUCUGAAGAGGUAGCUGAGGAGCUCGGGAGAGCUGCCUCCUCCUCGUCUGUUGUUCCGUAUCUGCCCCGAUUACCUAUACUUCCUUCCAAGACUCGGACGCUAAAAAAGCAGGCAGAGAACAAGGAGAACAUUGAAGGGACGCAAGAUGCCACAGAAAAUCCUGCGUCCAGUUCAGCACCAGGGUUCAUUAGAAGUGCACAGACUGGAGGGUCCCCAGCCCUGCCUCGAAAGCAAAGAGAUAAGUCACCCAGCAGCCUCUUGGAAGAUGCCAAAGAGACAUGCUUCACCAGGGAUAGGAAGGGAGGCUUCUUCAGCUCCUUCAUGAAAAAGAGAAAUGCGCCCACACCCCCUAAACGCAGCAGCUCCUUCCGAGAAAUGGAGAAUCAGCCUCAUAAGAAAUAUGAACUGACGGGUAACUUCUCAUCUGUUGCUUCUCUACAGCAUGCUGAUGGGUUCUCUUUCACUCCUGCCCAGCAAGAGACGAAUCUGGUGCCCCCCAAGUGCUGUGGGGGGAGCUUUGCCCAGAGGAAUUUCUGUAAUGAUGACAGUGGUGGGGGUGGGGGCAGUGGCACUGCUGGGGGUGGGUGGUCCGGCAUCACAGGCUUCUUUACACCUCGCUUAAUCAAAAAGACACUGGGCUUACGAGCAGGUAAACCCACAGCCAGUGAUGACGCUUCCAAGCCUUUUCCAAGGUCAAACUCUACAUCUUCCAUGUCCUCAGGGCUUCCAGAGCAGGAUAGGAUGGCAAUGACCCUACCCAGGAACUGCCAGAGGUCCAAGCUCCAGCUGGAAAGGACAGUGUCCACCUCUUCUCAGCCAGAAGAGAAUGUGGACAGGGCCAAUGACAUGCUUCCCAAAAAAUCAGAGGAAGGUGCUGCUCCAACCAGGGAGAGACCAAAAGCCAAACUGUUGCCCAGAGGAGCCACACCUCUUCCUCUGAGAACCCCCUCGGGGGACCCAGCCAUUACAGAGAAGGACUCUUCAGGGGUAGGGGUGGCUGGAGUGGCAGCUGCCCCCAAAGGCAAGGAGAGGAAUGGUGGGGCACGACUUGGGAUAGCUGGAGUCCCAGAGGAUGGCGAGCAGCCAGGCUGGGCUUCCCCAGCGAAGGCUGCAGCCGUCCUCCCUACCACCCAUAACCACAAAGUGCCGGUCCUCAUCUCACCCACCCUGAAACACACUCCGGCCGACGUGCAGCUCAUCGGCACAGACUCUCAGGGCAAUAAAUUCAAGCUCUUAUCUGAGCAUCAGGGCACAUCCUCUGGAGACAAGGACCGACCCCGACGGGUAAAACCAAAGUGUGCCCCACCCCCACCCCCAGCGAUGAGACUACUGCAACAUUCAUCCGUAUGCCCAGACCCCGGAGAGGAGCCUUCCGCAGGACAGCCCGUGUCAGAAAUACAGGAAGGAGGGAAGAAGGCAGCUCCAGUGGCAGUGCCUGUAGGUGGGAAAGCUGGGAGGCCAGCGAUGCCUCCGCCUCAAGUGCCUCUGCCCACACCUUCCAUCUCGCCAGCCAAAAUGGCCAAUGGCACAGCAGGUACUAAAGUGGCUCUGAGAAAAACCAAACAGGCGGCUGAGAAAAUCUCAGCAGACAAAAUCAGCAAAGAGGCUCUUCUAGAAUGUGCUGACCUACUGUCCAGUGCAAUCACGGAACCUGUUCCCAAUAGCCAGCUGGUAGACACUGGGCACCAGCUUCUCGACUACUGCUCAGGCUAUGUGGACUGCAUCCCUCAGACUCGCAACAAGUUUGCCUUCCGAGAGGCUGUGAGCAAACUGGAACUCAGCUUGCAGGAGCUGCAGGUAUCUUCAGCAGCUGCUGGUGUGCCUGGGGCAAACCCUGUGCUUAAUAACUUACUGUCAUGUGUACAGGAAAUCAGCGACGUGGUACAGAGGUAGCCACUGUCUGCCUAGUGGGAAGAUGCACACAUUUCUGAGGGGAGAGGGAGAGGGACUUGUUUUCCUGUGUUCUUGUUUUCAAAUUGAAAGACAUACUUGAGUGUGUUUAAGUGAAGUACCUCAGAUCCCUGAGUUCUCACGUUUACAGGUUCAUCUCAAAAGUAACAAAAGCAAGUCACGUUAUAUAGGAGAUAUAAAUUGGAUGGGGGCAAGGCAGUGGUGGACAAAGUUGGAAACUGCACUGGAAAAUCAGGGAGGAAGUUUGUUUUGUAAAGAAAGAAAUGCAGCCUAUCCUUGCCUGGAACCAUGUGAGGUGCUGGAGGGGCUGCUCCCAGUCACUCUGCACCACAAGAGAGGGCAUUGACCUGGGGCUCUGCUAGGUACCAGGAGUGAUUAUGCUCCCCAUCACCUAACAGAUUGGGUGGACGGAGAAAGGAAAGCUGGGAAUGUUUCGUAUUUAGAGGUUUGCUCAAGGCUGUGGGAAGCAGCUUCUUGCCUUGCUUCCAUGGGUCAUUGCUGCUGUAGUAAGAACUGCAGAUCAGAUUGCUAGAAUAUGAAAACGGAAGUGUUGCCCUGUGUGUGCUUCUCAAUGUAUUAGUUGGUGCGGGAAGUAAAGAAUGCUGGGAAGUUCAGUUCAGUCAGGGAGAUGGAAAUCUCCUUUUAAAAUCUUACAUUGAUUAGCAGUCACUUCCCCAGUCUAGUGUGUUAUUCCUAAUGGACCAGUAUUGACUUUCUGCUUUUUGGUGGCUAUCUCUGAACCAUAGGUACAGGGGUCUACUUGGUGGUUCUCUGUUGCUUCCUGGGCAGGCUGUCUUCCUUUAUCUCUGGCAGCGUACAGAGCAUUAACCAAUACUGAUUUUGAAAAUAGCGGUCACAGGUUCUCAUAGGGAAGUCUUUUCUGACGCAGUACCCCUGUGUACUGACUACUGGCAAAGGACUUGAACAGCUGUAUAUUUCUUUGUCAACUAAAAUACAGUACUAAGGUGGUGAUCCCUUCUUGAAAGGGCAGCCAGGUCCAGAGGCCUAUGGCUGAGAAGAAAAGUUGUCUUGGUGAUAAUGACUAUUUCUCUAUUCUUUUCUCCUCCUCUAAGCCCUAUAUGGGUAGAAAGAUGGGGAAGGCAUUUUCCCUCCCUGUGGGCUUGAAUUACUCUCUCAUUAUUCUCACAUGCUUUUCUCUCAAAUUUCUGUCCCCACGCCCAUCAUGUUAGUUUGUAUAGUUCAUACUGGGAAUAUUCUUUAUUUAUUUUGUCAUUUCACCUCUAUUCUAAAAGUGCAUAAUUUGAGGAGUAGGUCAUUUUCAGGAAGGACUAGUUAGAUCCUAGAAACCUAAUGACAACUCUUCAGUUUAUUUUGCACUUGAAAAAUAGGCCUUUUCCCUUCCUACUGAGUUAUAAUCAUGGAAGUUAAAUAGGAAGGAACCAAAUUGAGUGAAUAAUGUAUUACUGAUGUUCUUAGUGUUAUGUCUAUUUUCAUUUACUUCAUUCUUUUUUUAAAGGUCUAUAACGCCACACACAUGUGUACACACACACACACACACACACACACACACACUCCUUAAAGAGAACCCAAUAAAAACUUUUUUUCUCCCAAAGGGAUAUUAGCAUAGGAAGAUAGGAAUUCAACGCCGAGCUUUGAGCUUUCUCCCUGGCUCUGUCAUCCAUCCACUGUCAAGCUGUAGCUCCAUCUCUUGAUCUAUUGAAUGAAGGUAACAGAACCACAUGUUCUCAAGGGUAUUUUGCAAAUAAGUUUAUUAGCUAAUCCUUUGAGAGCCUCUCUGGAAAAGCUCUUCAGUGCAGUAUUGUUAUGUUGAAUUUGUUUAUCAUUCUCUUCUUUGCUGAGUAAUAGAAACUAAUGAAAUUUGGAACUGAGCUUAUAUUAAUCGGGCUAGAAUACUAAAGGGGAAACUAAGUUUGGGUGUCUUUGACCAAGAAACAAAUUGUUUUCAUUAAAAAUAAAGGAAAUUUUGAUUCUGCUUGUAACUGCUGCUUCACAGGCGGCCCAGGUUUAGAGAGAGAUUAGAAGGGAGGAGAUACGGGGCAUCCUGGCAGGUGUCGGUGACAGACCAGAGGCAGCUGGUGAUCAGUUUAUCUGCAGCAGGCCUCCGUCCUACCUUCUUCCUUACCUCUCGCCUUCAUCAGACCGUAAACUUGAACUUAGCAGGUAGUCUUUUAAAAGUGGGGAGGGGAAAGCUAAAAUUCUAGAAUAUUAUUAUGCUGCUUUUUAAAUUUAUCCCUGUCAUUGUGGGAUGCAGAGGGUUUAUAAUUGUUUUCAGGAGAUUUUUUUUUUUUCCUAAGAGUUCUGAAAAUAAGCAUUGGGGAAACACUACUGAGUGUAUUUCAGCUCCCUGGUUUUCUCACUGAAGAACAAUCUUGCAGAUGGUGGGCGGAGCUCUGUCUUACUCAGGGGCAGCACCUAGUUCUGUCUUGCAUGCAGAGGGUGCUCAGUAAAUUCAUAAACUGAAUUGAUUUUCCUGUACACUGUUGUGAGUAAUAAGUGUUAUAGGGCACUCCGUCCAGAUGAUGCUUGAACUGUGUAACUUCAGGAGUUGAGGGUUUAGAGCUUGGGUUAAAGAGGCACUGUCAACUUGCUAUAAAAGUACAAUUUAGGUUUUUCUUUUUCUACUUGAAAAGGACUAGCCUAAAAAAAAACUUUUGUAAAAGAAAAUGUUUGACUCUAAAACGAGAAAACUGCUUCUAGAAACUUAUAGUUUAAUUGUAUCCAGUCUGAAAGCAGAUAGCAGGAGAAAAAGCUUUUGUACAGAGUGUUGACAAAUUUCAUUUUUGUUUUUGUUUUUUGGUACCGGGGAU